AUGUCGAAGUUGUUGGUGAAGAUGUUAAAGAAAAAACAGAGAAAAGAGUCACUUCUCAGACACGGUUGCAUGCCGGUGCAACGGCUCGCUAAACGAACGCUAUGUUUUCAGCGCGCGUGGUUCGAUAGCUUUCCAUGGCUCCACUUUGACGCUAACGUUAGCGGAGUACUCUGCUUUACUUGUGCUAAAGCAGCAUGCAUGGACUUGGCCGGCAUGGCGCGGUAUUCAGAGGACACAUUUGUUUCCAAGGGAUUUUGCAACUGGAAGAAGGCAAUUGAGAAAUUCAAAAUCCACGAAAAGACAUCUGCACAUAUGAUUUCUCAUAGCAACCUGAAAUUCCGGUCUUCCAACAACGACGUUGACGCACAGUUAAGUACGCACCAUCUUGAAGAACAAACGAAGGCGCGCAACGCUCUGCUGAAGAUUGUGACGACCGUCCAGUAUCUAGCGCAGCAGGGACUGGCAAUACGCGGCAAAGAGUCAAGCGACGGUAACUUCAUGAAGUUGUUAGAGCUGCGGAACAACGAUGACGUCGUGUUACAGAGGUGGUUGACACGCACAACUUCAUACACAAGCGUUGCCGUGCAAAACGAACUGUUAAAAAUCAUGGCACACAUGGUGCUGCGAAAUAUUUGCAAGAACGUGGGCCUUUUUGCAGUCAUUGUCGACUGA